AUGACUGGCCAAGCACCAAAUGGAACUGAAAACAAACCCCCAGGCAUCAAGUCGGCAAUCCAGAAGUCAAUAUCCUGGUUGAAACCAAAGAAAGGAACUUCGACGGGCAGUACGGAGAAGGCCACAACGAAUAAUCAAUCCUCGAAAGCAAACCAGCCUCGAGCCCCUAUCCUGCCAGCACCACGAUCUCGGACAUAUCCGCCUCCUCUCAGGACAAUACCAAUGCGUGGGAUAAGCCCGCUCAGAUCUCCCCGUGGCGACGGGAAUGCUACACCAUAUACGGUCAGCCCUGUCAGCUCGGUACGUCCCAGAAAUGUUCUCGAUGUAGGGCAAGCAUAUGAUUUCCAAAAUGCAAUGAGCGGCUCUAUGGUCCAAUAUGGAACCCAAACACGGGAAUCAGGCGUCGUCAAAGUUGAUAAUGUCUCUUAUCAAUAUAACAUGGACUCACGAGAGAGACUUAAGUUGCGAAGAAUGCUCGAAAAGAAGAAGGCUUCUGGAAAAACUGGCGUUGAGAUUGGGAAGUUCCUUGUCGAAACAUACUAUAAUAGGGACAAAGGGCUAGGGGCGCUUGUGACUAACUUGGUGUUAAAUCAACGCCCAUAUGCCAUUAUAGCUCUCGUUGUUAUGGAAUCCGUCGGCCUGCACGUCACAAGCGAAGAAGCGUAUCCGAUCAACCAGAGAAGUACUGGGGGCGCCAGGCACUAUGGUCGUCCUACUCCGCAAGCUGGCCAUCCGCCUAUGCCACCACCACAUAGACAUCUACCGCAGAGAGCUAGCACAGGAGCAGAUUACGCUUCGCCACGACCAAAUCCUCUCCCGCCUCUAAAAAAUGGCGAAAGAGGAGGCCAUAUCCUUUCGAGAUAUGAAACUAGCGACCAACUCGAUGUACUGACGAGGAGUACGGCAAACCAGAAAUAUAUCUUUGAAGAUGAUGACGAUCCGCCUCUUCUACGCCCAACCACCCUCAACCGUAUUCAUCGGGGGUAUUUCGAUCCUAGUAUUGACUAUGGGAAGCGUAAUUGA